CUGCGUGAGGCGAACACCGUUUCAUAUCAUAAGUAGAUUCGUCUAAUUUGAUAAAAAUAGGAACAAAUCAAUCUGAAACAGUGCAUAGAUCUUGCGAACGAAAAUCACUCUGCCACUGCCUACACUGCUCCUUCUCCUGCUGCACGGAGGAUUUUGAGCAUUCUCAUCACCAGUCAAGCUUAUUUCGCUGAGAAAUUCUCGUCCUCGGUGGGCGCACUUACAAUCUGAAGUAGGCUUGAGCAGGUCCGGACUUGUUCGAAAGACAAAGAAUCCUUCGACGACGUGCAAUUUCGCCUUCGUCUCUGUGAAGAAGGUUCCACAUUGCUUCGCAAGUACCCCACCGGCUUGCUAAAGAUGCUGUUUUCCUGGAAGCCAUUUGUCACAAUUCUUGCACCGAUCUCCACCUGGACCGGAUUGGCCGUGCAAAAUCCGUGUUGCGCCAUAGGUAGUUAGUUCGUGUGGUGGUUGCCUAUCUUGAUGUUUGUCGGUCCAUGCAGGAUGAUGCUUUGGAUAUAUUUUAACUUUUGCUGGACAUGUGAUGCAGAAACAAAAUACAACUGCGCGAAUACAUAUACAAGCGAGGUUUCCACCCUGACGAAAAUUUUCAGGUUUUCUCUUCGUGUUCGCUUCCGCACAAACUGGUCCGACGACCCGAAACGAAGCCGGUGAAGACCACCAAGUCGCAGCGGGAGAACCAAAGGCGGUGCGGGCGGUACAACAGGGCGAGCACUCGCCUACACGUGCGGCUGCGCAUGGGCAGCUCCCUCCGCGGUCGCUGGGACGAGUCAACACCGCCAAGCAGGAGCCGACGAGUCUGGACGUGGACGUUCUGGACACCGCGGAGCUGGUGGAGGAAAUGGAAGGAACGGACUUUCUUGACGGCGCGGAGAUCGAAGUCGAGCGAGAUGAGCGGCUGCCUGUUGAUGUCGUCACGAAGAACGUGGUCCAGCCUAGCGCCGACGCGUCCUCCGGCUUGAUGCAGACCACUGAACCGAAAUUUUUGUUUACCUGUUGGUACAUGAAAUUUGGAAAACCCGACGGCGGUUGUUACUACGAAGGCAACCUGCAGAGGAUGGCGAGCGCGCAGUGUUGUGUAGUGGUGGAGCCGAAAGAUGUGUACUCGAAACCAACCUGCAAGAGGGCGCCGUCGACGUGGCAAGUUUUGCGCCACUGUCCGAUCCCAGUUACAGACUUCCGUGAUUUCCGAUGGCAGUACUCGAUAGUUGACGGCGGCUCAGAUUACACGCUGGACUCCGCAGACGUUCUGAAUGCAGCGGUGGCCGACGCACAACGGCGAGGCCUGCAAAGACGACCAAUACGCCGAGUAGCCACGUACUGUACAGUAAGGGAUGGCUGCUUCGCUGGCACACACCAGGAGGACCUAGUUCUGGGACGUCCCGUCGCGCCGGAUGGAUCGCAGGAAGAUUUACAACAAGGGGUCUUGUUCGACUUCGAGGAAAUGCAAGCGAGGGCGCCGUCUCGACGUGGUGACGGCCUCGUCCAAGAGCCCCGUGCCAAUCCCCCCCCCCGUGCCAACCCGCCCCGGCUCCGUGGGGGCGCACAGAGCAGUUUUCUCGUGGACGGCGAUGCCGCACCACAGGUUGCAGCCACAGACGCGACGGGAUCUACUGGGCAGCAACUACUUAGCCGUGGCGACAUUUCCGGGCGUACCGAGGAUGGCUUCAAGAGCCUCGCAUCUGCUGCAACAUUUGGCGACGCCGAGGCGGCGGCUCCAGCCAGCGACACUGGCGCUGCGGUCCACGACGCGACAUCCGGGGGACACUUCUCGUUGCUAUCGAUCAGCGGGGCGGGAACGGUGUCUGCAGGUAUAGGUUGUAAAUCUGGCACAGUCUGUUUUUCUUGUUUCGAUGAUCGUGUUGCUGCUGCUGCUCUUCCUGUACAGGGUAUCACCAGUGCCUAGUUCUUGCGUCGUGCACGAUGAUUAUUUUCGACUGAAAAGGAGUGCUGACCACCAGCAGGAGUAUUGAGAUAACAGUGUCGGUUGUGCUAAUAGCACGCAUAGGCAUGCGCAUGCGGCAAAAAAAGUAUGUGCACCUUUCAGGUCGUGCCGAGGCCGAGGGGCUCACAUCCAAGCUGCAACUGUCUGCGCCGGGGGAGAGGCAGAUCAUGACUCUCAACGGCCUAGCCGGCGGCAUGGGCAGUGACGAUCUGGACGUGGACGUUCUGGACACCGCGGAGCUGGUGGAGGAAACGGAGGAGACCGACGUCGCGGAGGUCGAACCAGAUGACCGGUUGCCUGUUGUCGACGCGAUACCCAUCCAGUCUAGCGCCGACGUGAGCAGCACCUCCGGCUUGAUGCAGACGUAUGAAGGAGGAGGACCAGGAGUCUUUUUUACCUGCGCUCACCUAAGCUACGAAAGGUACGGCUUGCCUCGCGACCAAGGUGGCUGCCACUACAAUGGCGACUACGCCAGGCCAGCGAGCAGUGAAUGCUGUACGUUUUGGAGGGAGAGUAUGGAAGCGUCAGGUUUGAAAUCUACAAAAUUGAAAUGAUUUGGCAUGGCAUAAAAUGGAUGCCAGUUGUAACCCAGUUUCCAAGUGGCGCCUGACAAAUUUGGGCAGAGCCGAAAUCCAGUUUGUCAUGCUGUUUGGGUAAGGAAGACGCCUUUUGUCGUGCUACUUUAGCAGCUCUAUUUCUACUGCUCCUCAGCAGGCUUUUCGCAAUCUGCCUCACUUGUCUACUCUGCAAGACAGGCACUUUGUGGGCUGCGUUUUAUGCAUGACAAACGAUUAUUUGUGUAGUGGUUUCGGUCGGUUUAGCAUGAAGACAAAAUAUUUCAACUUUGACGAUUUCAAUCCUGACACUCCCAUACAUAGAGACACUGGGGCUUUCUGA